AUUGAGCGAGUGAGUGCGGCGCUGUGAUUCUUCCGACAAGGAGCCCAAACAACAACAACAACAACAACAACAAAUAAACAAACAAGAAGCCGAAGAAAAACAAACAGAGGCUCCCUGCUCUGCGCUGGACUGUGAUGGAUUUAAACACCGGGCGUGUUUAUUUUAUCGGACCCUGAGCGGAGCAUGAGCGCUGAAUGCGGAGUCUCGCGGCCCCAGCGGCGCUCGCGCAGCAGCAGCAGCAGCACCAGCAGCGGCGGCGGCGCGCGGCGCUGCCAGAUGUGCGGCUAGCUAGCGCCCAGAUUAGCUUUGGGCAGAAAGAAGCAGCCAGCGCGGAUUAGAUUAAAACCGAGUUUGUGUGAAAACUCACUUUAUCAAGUCUGAACCUGGCUUAGAUGGAUGUCAGAGGUUUCAGUUUAAAGUUUUUUUGGAUUUUGGCCCCAGAAAGCGGCCCGAUUAGCUUCAGCUAAGCUAACGGAGCUAAUUAGUGGGCAGGUAGUUAGCCGGUGAGCUAACGCGCGCGAGGCUGAAGAAAAUCCUAAAAGGCGCGAAUUUCGCUGAGGUAAAGUCAGUGAGUGAUUGUGAAGCUGCGCUGAGGCGAGUCGCGCCGGAUUGUUUGAAUUAUUUACUUAAAUAUCGAGAUAUUUCUUGUUGGGACUUGUAGUUUAGCUCGUUCGCUAGCCGGACGAGCGGGGCGGAGCGGAGCGGAGCAGCCCCUCCGCGGUGGUUGGUGGGUUAGGCCGGUUCGUGUGUCGGUGUGACCCCGAUGCGGUCGGUCUGGUCCCGCAGGCAUGCAGCCGCAGCACGGCUAUGAUUUCUCCAGCGAAGAGAACAGCCCAAAAUGGAGAGGCCUCUUCAUUCAGGCGCUGAGAAAGGUGCAGCUGCAGGUGCAUCCGAACCUGUCGGCUAAAGAGGACGCCCUGCAGCACAUAGAGGAGCUCAUACUGCAGCUACUGAACAUGCUGUGUGUCAGUCAGCCCAGAACCGUCCCAGAUGUAGAGGAGCGCAUCCAGAAGACGUUUCCUUACCCCAUAGAUAAGUGGGCAAUGGCUGAUGCUCAGGCAGCCAUAGAAAAACGCAAACGCCGGAACCCUCUACUGCUUCCCGUGGACAAAAUCCACCCUUUACUGAAGGAGGUGUUGGGAUACAAGAUAGACUACCAUGUCUCUCUCUACAUCGUGGCUGUUUUGGAGUACAUAUCAGCAGACAUUCUUAAACUGGCAGGAAACUACGUGGGCAACAUUCGGCACUAUGAAAUUAGCCAGCAGGACAUUAAAGUGUCCAUGUGUGCAGACAAGGUGCUGAUGGACAUGUUUGACCAAGAGGAGGUGGGGUUGGUGUCUCAGUGUGUAGAGGAGGUCUCCUCCACAGGUGAGCUCACCUACGAUGACCUGGUACGUCUAGAGAUCGCAGAGGAGCGGCAGUACCUGCGUGAGCUCGACCUCAUCAUCAAAGUGUUCCGCAAAGCCUUCCUGUCCAACAGCAAACUCUUCACACCUCAGGAUGUGGAGGUGGUGUUCAGUAAUAUUCUGGAGGUCCAUGAGCUGACGGUGAAGCUGCUGGGUCUAAUAGAAGAUGCGGUGGAGAUGACAGCAGAUGGGAGUCCACACCCUCUGGUGGGCAGCUGCUUUGAAGAUCUUGCUGAGGAACAGGCCUUUGACCCGUAUGAGACCCUUUCACAAGACAUUCUCUCCAAAGAGUUUCACGAGCACUUCAGCAGCCUCAUGUCCCGUCCAACUGUAGCGCUGCACUUCCAGUCGAUUGCUGAAGGCUUUAAGGAAGCUGUGCAGUAUGUUCUCCCACAGCUGAUGAUGGUUCCUGUCUAUCACUGCAUGCACUACUUUGAACUUCUGCAGCAACUGCAGGAGCGGAGUGAGGACCAGGACGACAGGGAGUGUUUGAAACAAGCCCAGACAGCCCUGCUAAUUCUUCAAAGCAGCAUCGAGCGCAUCUACGGAAAACACCAGCCGCGUCGCAAACCUGGCGAGCCGCUGUACCGGUUGUACAGCCGGCCGGUCCGCAGUAAGCAGCUGGCUAUAAAGCGCAUGAACGAGAUCCAGCGAAGCAUCGACGGCUGGGAGGGGAAGGACAUCGGCCAGUGCUGCAGCCAGUUCAUCCUUGAGGGGCCGCUGGUACGCGCUGGGGCCAAGCACGAGCGACACAACUUUCUGUUCGACGGCCUUAUGAUCAGCUGCAAGGCCAAUCAGAGCUCUCGGCUGCCAGGGACAGGCAGCGGGGCGGAGUUUCGCCUAAAGGAGAAGUUUGUGUUGCGCAAGUACCGCAUCGCGGACCGGGAAGACACAAGUGAGCAGCGGUUUGCGUUUGAGUUGGUGGGUCGUGAGGAAAGCAGUGCCAUUUUCUGCGCCCGCUCUGUGGAGGAGAAGAACGCAUGGAUGGCGGCACUGGUUACCCUGCAGUACCGCUCGACGUUGGACCGCAUGCUGGACACGGAGCUGCAGCGAGAGGAGCAGGCUCAGCCCCUUCGGCUGCCUUCGUCUGAGGUUUACCGCUUUACUGUACAGGACUCAGAGGAAAACAUUGUUUUUGAGGAACACACGCAGAGCAAGACGGGAAUACCCAUCAUUAAAGCUGGCACCGUGGACAAACUCAUCGAGAGACUCACUUACCACAUGUAUGCAGACCCCAAUUUUGUGCGCACUUUCUUGACGACGUACCGUUCCUUCUGCAAACCACAGGAUCUCCUCACGCUGCUCAUCGAAAGAAUUGAAAUUCCAGAGCCGGAGCAGUUGGAGGCAGACCUGCAGGCGCUGUGGAACGGAGAUCAGCCAAUGGCAGCUGAGCUCCAGAGAUUCCGGCGAGAAUAUGUGCAACCUGUACAGCUCAGGGUUCUGAAUGUGUUCCGUCAGUGGGUGGAGCAUCAUUUCUAUGACUUUGAGAAUGAUCCAGAAUUGCGCUGUAGGCUCGAGGAGUACAUCACCAACACCUUACAGCUCAGAGGCAAGUCCAUGCGUAAGUGGGUGGAGUCUAUAAAUAAGAUCAUUAAGCGUAAGAUUCAGACGCAGCCAAACGGAGUGAGCCACAACAUCACUUUUGAAAGCCCGCCUCCCCCCAUAGAGUGGCACAUCAGCCGCCCCGGACAAGUCGAUACCUUUGAACUUAUGACCCUUCACCCGAUUGAGAUAGCUCGCCAGCUCACCCUGCUGGAGUCUGACCUCUACAGGGCUGUGCGUCCCUCUGAGCUGGUGGGUAGUGUGUGGACUAAAGAAGAUAAGGAGAAGAACUCUCCAAACCUGCUGAGGAUGAUCAGACACACCACCAAUCUCACUCUGUGGUUUGAGAAGUGUAUUGUUGAGGCUGAGAAUUUGGACGAGAGGGUAGCUGUGUUUUCGCGGAUAAUUGAUAUUCUGCAGGUGUUCCAGGAGCUAAACAACUUUAACGGUGUUCUCGAGAUCGUCAGCGCCAUCAACUCAGUGCCUGUGUACCGUCUCGACCACACCUUCGAGGCUGUUCCGGAGAGAAAGAGGAAGAUUCUAGAAGAAGCUGUGGAGCUCAGCCAGGAUCACUUUAAAAAGUACCUGGCCAAGCUCAAAUCCAUCAACCCGCCCUGUGUGCCUUUCUUUGGUAUCUACCUGACGAACAUCCUGAAGACGGAGGAGGGAAACCCAGACUUCCUUAAACGUCACGGCAAAGAGCUGAUCAACUUCAGCAAGAGGCGUAAAGUGGCCGAAAUAACCGGGGAGAUCCAGCAGUACCAGAACCAGCCGUACUGCCUCAGAGUGGAACAUGACAUCAGGAAGUUUUUUGAGAAUCUGAACCCCAUGGGCAGCAUGAGUGAAAAGGAGUUUUCUGAUUAUCUGUUCAACAAAUCUCAGGAGAUCGAGCCACGGAACUGCAAACAGCCCCCACGAUUCCCCAGGAAGACAACGUAUAGUCUGAAGUCCCCCGGGGUCCGUCCGGUGCGGCAGGCGUCCGGCAGCAGCGGGACAGUGCGGGUUCACCCGGUGCCUUUAGAGCGAGAACCUCCGCACAAAAUCACGUUCAGGAGCAUCGCCGAGACGGAGGUGGAGAGCACCACCUCACUGCCCACAUCACCGAACACACCCACACCGCCGCAGAGCGCCAGCUCAGACCUCUCCUCCGUCUUCAUGGACCAUGAGCUCAGCAGCACCUACGGUAACAACAGUAUAUUUGCUCCUGUAAUGCUGCCACCAUCCAAGUUUCACUCGGUGUCCUGUGGCAGUCUCCAUCAGCUGGGGGACGAGCUUCUUAAACCUCCACCGUUACCCCCCCGCAGGAAAGACACAUUCUCAGACAAGUUGAGCUCCAGGUCUGAGGACAGUCCUCCUGCCAUCCCGCCCCGGUUACCUCCUCCUCUCCCUCGCCUGCGUCCAGCAGACGGUCCGUUACCGAGCCCCCCGCCUCCACCACCCCGUGACCCCAUCCCGGACUCGCUGCCCCCUCUGCCUCAGCGCCCCCCGGAGAGCUUCAUCAACUACCCCAUCAGCGCCGCCGUGUCUCCGGGGGGCCGGAUUCAGUGGGACUUCAGCAGCUCGCCCAGCUCACCCUGCACUCCGCCUGGCACACCUUCGCCCCGCUUGGCGCCCCCUCCUGGCACACCCUCGCCGCGCGUGCCCCGCCGCUCCUGCCCACUGAGUGCCAGCCAGACCAGCCUGUGUCACCUGCCUCUACCCAUCACAGCGCCCCCUAUACCACCCCGACACAAUUCCACCUCGGCGCUCCCCAAACUGCCCCCAAAGACUUACAAAAGAGAGCUCUCUCACCCCACACACACUCUCUCCCAGCCGUCCAUACACACACUCUCACUGGUGGAUAACACAGACAGCAGCCAGUGAGAACGCACAGCAGGUCCUUAAAGGGGAAUUCCACUGAUUUUUCAGAUUUUCUGCCUUAUUCAGUGUGUGAGAUGUAAUCAGAGUGAUUCAGAGCGGUUUGGUGUGAAAUGGUUCAGAUGUCUUUACAGUGGUGGUGAUAG